UUAAUCUGGUGUAAUAAUUAGUUGGAACAAAACCACAAGCUUUCUGACUUGUACUCGCAUCUGGAUUAAACUCAUCAAGAUUAAAUGCACGGACCACUGCGCGAAAGAUGAAGGUCAGAAAAAUUCGGGUGCCCGUCCUCAUUUUUAGAAAGAAAGACGUGAUCCAGGCCACAAGAAAAUGAGAGACGUCGUUAUUUUUGGGGGAAGCUCGCUUCCGGCCCUUACUAACCAGAUCUGCAGAAAUCUUACCCUAGAGAAAGGUAAAGUCCAGCAGAAGAAAUUCUCGAAUGGAGAGACCUCGAUAGAGAUGAAGAAUUCCGUACGGGAAAAAGAUGUGUUUAUCAUACAAAGUGGGUGUGGUCAUGUGAACGACAAUUUUCUUGAACUUCUCAUCAUGAUCUCGGCCUGCAAAACUGCCAGUGCUAAGAGAGUCACUGCUGUGUUGCCGUACUUCCCAUACUCAAGACAGCCAGAAAACCCGAAGGUGGAUAUGGAGGCCACCGAAAUGCUGGCUGAUCAUGGCUUUUUAACAUCUCUAGCCAACAGCACGAAAAAAAUAGCCACAAACUCCGCUGGUAUUGAGGUUUUGGGUGCUGUUGACGAAAGCGGUAGAGAUGUUAGUGGGUAUAAACAAUGGGUGAGCAAAAACGGUACUCUUAUUGCCAACCUUUUGACUACCGCAGGUACCGACAGGUGCAUCACUAUGGACUUGCAUGACCCGCUGUUUCAGGGCUUCUUUAACAUCCCUGUUGACAACUUGUAUCUGCUGUCUUUAUUCAAGAGGUAUAUCAUGGACUACAUUCCUGAUUAUAAGAACUGUGUUGUGGUGUCCCCCGACUCAGGUGGUGCCAAAAGAGCCACAGCUGUUGCUGAUGCUUUGGGCUGUUCCAUUGCAUUGAUUCACAAAGAAAGAAAAAUCAAAGUCUCGCCCUCACACUUGGGGUCUCCAAUUCUCUCCGCGUCGGACUCGAUUAACACAACAAACUCUACCACAGUCAACUCUUCCAUGCUCGUAGGAGAUGUCAAGGGUCGUGUGUGUGUGUUGAUUGACGAUCUUGCUGAUACUUGUACUACUGCAACGCGUGCGGCGCAGCUUUUGAAAGAUACGGGCGCUUCUUACGUGUACUGUUUGGUAACACAUGCUAUCCUUAGCGGUGACGCUAUCGACAAGCUUCGAGUUUCCGAAAUCGACAAAUUUAUUACUACAAACAGUAUUCCACAGAUAGAAAAUGUCCGCCUUCUUGGAGAAAGCCGGAUGAAGGUCAUCGAUGUGUCAAGAAUAUUUGCUGAGGCUAUCAGAAGAAUUCAUAAUGGUGAGUCAGUUUCUAUGUUGUUUGACCACGGAUGGUAAUCGAAAUUUGAAAUUAGUAUGCAUAUAA